AUGAUUGCGAACUGUGCAGCUGACUCGAGUUCUGACGUGGCUGGCUUCUGUCGGUUUGAAGGUAAGGAAAACAACAAACAGAGCAUACUUGAGAGGUGGAAUUACUAACAUCUUCAUUCCUAGAGCUCGAUAAAAUGGUUGAAUUCUUCAACGGCUGAUUUGAGUAACAUGAUUAUGUGAAAUAGCGUACUAUCCAACGUACCUCAAAUCAGAUGACGGUUUCUCUUUGACUCAUUUGGGGAAUUUAAAUGGUAAACUCUGGGAUUAGAUCUUUGCACUUGGUGUCUUUGACUAAAAGUAAGCCUGGCCGAUAUAAAAAUCUCGCUUAAGUGGAUUAACUGUAACUAGUGUAACUAGGACUGUGUAGGAGGUUUGCUCCGUUAAAAUUUUCUGCGAUAUUUCGAACGCGAGGUGAGAAAGAUAUUACCGGACAAAUCAAUCACUAGUUGAACACAAGUAUUAAUAGUUUGAUUUAAUAAUUGCGCGCCUGCAAGCUCAGAAUGGCAGAGUAAGGAAUUAGGUUUUAGUACGAUGAGAGAAGUCUAGCUCUACAGAGUGAAAUAAUCUUUUACCCACCUUUAAAAGCAACUUCAUUUUCGUUGUGUUGCAGUAUGACCCAAACUAAUGCGAAAUGCUGACAGACGAGUUUGCAAUUGAUGGUAUAACCUUACACUAUGUUUACAAAAGACUGAACCUCAAACGGGAAAAGUGCAAACAUUUUUAACAAUCUUUCAUUAAAAUUCCUUAGGAAACACCCAUGUAUCUCUUUAAAAAAAGGUGAAGACUGAAUUUUGAACUAAAGGGUUUUAGAACUUCCACCGUGCUCUAUUGACGUCAUCGAGCUCUGACAUUUCAUUUAGCCCUGGAAACUCCUUCACGCCACAAAUGAAUGUGAAUUACCUUGUUGAAGAGCUGUUUUUCACUUUAAAAAGUGACAUUCUUUGUUCCAAGUCAAAAAAUUAAAAGGAUAUUUUUCGCCUAUUUGGUUUUUUCGUGGUCAAGUUAUAACCAUUUUAGUCCUAACUAAACAGUAUUGCAAACUAUUGACGAAAGAGCCGUUUAGUUAAAUGGCCCGGCCACACCAUGGAGUCUUAUCCACAAAUUAAAAGACUCAUUAUUUCUCCAUAAAUGACCUUGGGAGUUAAAGGGGCAACCAUGUGAUCGACUAUUUCAUUGUCUUUUAUGAAGGGACGUGCAAUUAAUAAAAAAAUCCACAUCCCCUUCAAAAAAGACUUAAUAUUUCCAACUUCCUCCUAGUCUGUUAAGGAUGUGAGAAAAAUAAUUAUCGGCUUCUUUCAGGCCCUACACGAGAAUAGUUUCUUAUAUGAACUGUCCUGACCGGUUGACAAACUUAUGUACCGUAUAAAUGGAAAACUAAGUUCUGUUCCACUGUUAGGACUAAAAACGGAAAUUAAACAACUAUAAGCCACUGGGAUUACAAGCUUUUAUAAAAGACGACAAUCUGAAGUUGUAAAACUACACUUCCGAUUCUGUUUGACCUUUAUUGUCUCAUAAUGCGUCACCAGAGGCAAAUGCCACGGAUUAACUUGUAUGCUAAAUAAUAGUACGUGAAAAGCUGCUAACAAUGUUAAUGAGAGAGGCUAUUUCUUUGUCAUAACUACUCCACUGAGAGGCAAUCUUACGGUUGCUUGUCAUUGCUUACUUUGCACGAACAUCUCUCACCUUUUUUGCAAAACAAAUGUGGAUAAUUCACCUGUAACCCGCAACGGUCAUACGCCGAUGUCAAGUAUUCAGAGCCUCUUGUUUAACUCAGUUUAGUUACAAAAUUAUCGUGUUAGUAAGCAUUUUUUUAUUCCAAUAUUCCUUUUCAUUUUCGGUUUCACGUUUGGAGUCUUUCCCAAAAACCUGCCAAAACAAGCAUGAUGGAUCUUCCCGCUAACUGAAUACAGAAAGUGACCUUUAUUUUUCACUUAUUCUUAUCUUUUACAGCCAGCUUGUGUCGGCUGACUCCCUUCGUCACAGUGCCGAUGAGUUACAUGGACAUUCUUUCUGUGAGUAUAUUUGCCUAACAAAAGCAAUUGCGCAGUAGGCCAUUUCCGAGUUCCUCAAACUCUCGCUUUUAACCCUGUAAGCCCCAAUAUCCACAUACAAAUUCUCCAAACUGAUCUCUAUACAUUUCCUUUAAGAGUAACAGAUAACAGAUCAGAGUAUUUUCUCUUAGGUGAUUAUUUUAUUAAUUCUCAUAACCUCAUCUCAUGACAAUGUAUGGAUAUCGUUAGGAGAAAAUUGCGGUUGGUCACUAUUGGGACUUAAAGGGUUAAAGCCAGUGGAGUUGGGUGCAAAACCUUUAAAAUGAACGUAAGUUAUACCUGAAUGACGAUAAAACUUCUUUCCAUCAUAACACUUUGCGCUUCCUCCAUUUUUGGAAAAAACUCGGCAAUGGUCUAUUGCGUAAUCCCCUUCCUUUUUAUUACCAAGCAGUGCGGUAGACUGCAAAACAGUCCGUAUUUUUGCGUAUUCAACUACGCGCUAGCAAUCAAACAAAAGGUCCGAGGCUGAAAACAGAGAACGAGACUGGGGAGAGACGCUUUCCUCUCGUCUCACACGCCCUAAGGCGCUUCGAGCGCGCAAGACUCUUACGCCACGCUUUAACGAUUUCUUUACGGAUUUUACCAACUGUUUUGCAGUCUAGCUGUGCGGUGACGGACCAAAACUGAAAUCAGAGUAUUUCUCCAAGUAUUAUUAUAGUUGCUUAACCUGACUCGAGGCAUUGUAUUAUCUCUCUCAAACGGCAGGAUAUCAUCUGCCACGCGUCUUCCCCCAAUUUUUGAGUCCAGAUCCUCAGGUCGUUGUGACGAUUUUCAUCAGGGGCAUCUGUAAGUCAGAAUAAUAAUAAAAAAAAACAUUCUCGGAGCAUAUAUUAUAAGUCGAAGAACCACUUUACACAUUACAUUUCAAAUUUUGUGUGGUUAAACUAGUAUAGCUACGCUUUUCAUAAAUGAGCACCUAUUAGUAUUCGAGCAUCAAAAGUAUGAUUGCUUCCUAAGCUUUCCUGAGCAUUUAACCCUUAAAAUCUACUAAACGUGCAAAAAAGAAAAAUCGCAUAGAGAGCAAAAGCCACAAACCGCUUCGAACUUUUGCUUUUUUUAAGCGUUCCUAUGCAUUAUUAUUUAGCCCUUAAACUGUUUUCGGGUUAGGUCGCGCAUGGAAAAAGCACUGGUACCUAGUAAACGUGAAAAAAGUCUCGGAAAUCCCAUACAAAGUACAAACCACAAACCGCGAGAAUCAUCAAGACUUUACAGUCUCAGCUUAUAAUUGUAGAUCUCAAAUCGUCUUCCGAACAGAUAUUUUCCGAAAAUUGACGGUUGGAUGCUCCUGUUAUAAUUCUUCAAGUCACUUCUUUUAAUACGAGAAUUCAUAUAAAUCCACUCAAGGCCAACACCGAACCUUCGUAUACUCUUUUGCCUACGUCAGUCGGUCAGCGGUUCAUAUUCCCGCCAUAUAAAUUUAAGUUGGUCGUGACACAUUACCAACUGUUGCGUGACAAGUAUUCAGAAGCAUUGUCCCAGCAGAGAGAUAUUGGAAGUUUAGGAUUGUCUGCACCUAACAAAUCGGGUGGGCUUAUUUGUUUGUCUGUUUUUUAUUCAAUUUUACGUUCCUGUGAGUCGCCUUUCACACAGUACAGCAAUUCGCAAUUCGUGAGAACAGACAGGGCAGACAAGAUACCACUCAGCUGUGACAUAGGACCUGUUCUCGAGUAUACUGAGUAUGCAUUGUUUAUCAAGAAAUUCCUACGAAUAAUUUUUAAUGCUGACGAGUAUUUCGAGAUGCACAUUAACUGAAGCAAAGCAAGUUCAUAGAGCUCAUAGGUUGGUAUUGAAUAUCUGAUAGUCAGGGGAGGGUUUCGAUCAAGGCAUUACUGAAGUUUUGGCCUUUCUCUUUAAACCAAGAAGACAAAGCCUUGUUUGUUAAGAGUGGAAAGCCAAUACAGAAUCAAUAGAAGUAUGUACAGUGACUAUUAAAUCGUAAGUUGAUCCUUUUGCCAACACGAACAUUGCCGGAUAAAGGACGUCACUGUGCUUUAUAAUUACAGGCUUGCUUUUUUAGUUGUAAUUUUUCGUAUACGAGAGUACUUUGAAGGACUUCAGGCUUAUCACUCUCAUAAAUCUCUUAUAUUAGCCAUCCUCGUCCCGCAUUGUCGCAAUAUAGCAUUCCUUUCAGUCUCCUCCCUGCUACUAAGGUUUUGUCCACACAAGUCAGGUCAAGACGGCCCUCGCUAGUGUCUUCACCAGAAAGAUAGGGCCAGUGAAAUUUAAAAUGGAUCACUUUGGAGAAAAAGGAAAGAAAAGUUUGCAGGAACUACUGUCAAGAAAGGAUAAAGUUUUUUUCAAGUCUUAUAACAAAAAGAAAGGACGAGCUAGUGAAUGUACAGCUUUAUCUCUCGUUGUUCUACCUUAGACUGAGUCCUUAGAAAAGGAGUGAGGGUCCAAAAAAUGAAGCUGCGCAGCGGUUUUCUCAGCCACAAAGUAAUCAUAUCUCUGGCUUGCUCACCAUGUAAUGGCGGGAAAGCACGUGUAUACAUGUACCGCACAACCACACAAGGUGUGUGGCUUAGACUUCGAGCAGUCUCUUUUUUCUCAUUGCGCACAGUCAAGCAAAGCGCGCAAGACGCACGUACCAGUCCCACUGAAUUUAUGUUGGAAAACCGUCUGUACUUAAAACGCAAGCAGACAAUUUGCCUGAGAGAAAUGGAGUCUAUACUCAAAACGUACGUAGACAACUGCACUUUAGUCGCUUGUUUCCACGACUUUAUCACUCGAAAGAGUCGACUUGUGGGCAGUUCUCACUGACAACAUACCUAGCAGUUAUUCACAAACCUGCCACGAGAAAGAUCAACUCUUACUCUUCAUGGCCGAAAUGAGAACUUUCCUCAAAAACCUGACCUAGCUUAUAACUACAGCCCUCCCUACUGCUUGGACUAAUGUGGUGGACAAAUUAAACAAAGUAGAUCCAUUUUGUAUUUUUCCCUAGUACCUUUGCGAUCACUGUGUAUUUUCUCCCUAGCUUUUUGAGAUCAUUUCAAAGGCUUAUUUCGAAGGUAAACGAAACUUCCGGCCUCUAUACUCUAAAUAUGAGGUGACCGCGCGAUAUAAUUUGGUAAACCAAACUUCCACACAUUAUAAUGAUGCAAGUUACUUAAUGUGCGCUCACUUUAGGAAUUACCACAUUUUAUAGUUUCUCUUGUCAGUAGAGGUUUCCCGUGCUGCUGCUCUACAUCACAUUACUUCAGUAAGGGCGAUCUAUUCUCCCGCCGCUAUCAAUGACUAAAAGAGCGGAAAGACCGACUCAUUAACACCGCUCCGUUACAAUAAACAAACCAACAUAAUAGUUAUUAUUCACAGCCGCUUUGAAAAGUCUUUUUCUCUGAAAUUAUUUUAAUAUCCUUUAUCAAAAGGAAAACCUGGUCCGCGAACAAAGCAAAUAAGCCGCCAAUCGAUUAGCCGGCGUAUUCUCGGUUUGGGCGUUUGCGGUAAUUGCACCUAAUAUGAUGAUUAGACGCGAAUAUUUUAGCUUCAAAAUUAUUCCGUAAGUGAUUUAACAUCACCUCGGCGUCAGAAGAACCCUGCCAAUCACUUCUACUACUCUCACAAAAAUAACCUUUCAAUAUUUCCUAUGGAGAUCAAUAUUUCAAGUAGUAUUAGCCCUAUCAAUCGUAUGCUUUUCGUGACUGCGGUCCGCCUCUGUUGAGAUUUAAGGGAGUGGGUGGUACAAAUAUCGCACGCUUGAGAGCAUUUUCUCGACCAAAACAUUAGUCAUUCUAGACUUCCAAGCAUUUUUAAUUCGAGUAACACCGAAAAUGAAGGCUGAUAUAGAAUUAACGCGGUUUGGUAGAAUCAUGAAGACGGAUCUUAAAAGAAGACGGCACAUGGGUGGUACAUGGUUGCUUAUGUUAGAUGUAAGUGCUUGCAAUUUUUAGUUGAGUCAUCUUUUAAUUCUAUACCGCAAACGAGACAUAAAUACCGAUACUCAACAGUUAAUUUCUUCACUGCAUUAUUUUUGCUAAUGACUUUUCUACAUUGUCAGCCUUAAAUUUAAGAUUAACGCUCUUGAGAUAAUUUUGAACAAGCUAUCUAGACGGGAUUCAUUAAACUAAUGAUCUAAAAAUUGCGGGCUAAAUAAGACAAGACAACCUUACAACGUGUAGGUUUCAGCGAUACAUGCAGUUUAAUGGGGGAUAGCUUCCGUGUAUAACUCAGUCGUCGUUUUUUAGAUUAAGUACUACUAAAUCGUUGUCUUUGUAGCUGAACGAUGCGUUACAAACCACGCUGGUUAUAAAUCACGUAUAGUCAACUCACUGAGAAAGGUAAAGAUUAUAGGACUUUGCCGAACUGUAGAAGCCGAAUAUGCAAGCUCUGCUUCAGUUACGGGAUGAUAGCUUCUUUCCUAAAUUGCUCAACAGCCGUGGUACAACUGAUAAAUUGGCCCUGGGUAAGAGCAUCUUGUGGCUAAGUUUUAAAAGAUAACACGCUUCUUCAACCCUUCUAACUUAGCUAUGAUUUAGUUAGUAUCAGUUGAUUUUUAUAACAAAUCAAGGUCAUGUUUUUGAACUGAAAUUAACCUCCGCGCCGACACUACUGACAUGCAUGAAAGAACCCGGCAUGUAAUUCCGAUCGUUGGUGCUCGUUGGGACGAGUCUGAUGACUUAGGGUUUCAAGAGAACGAUUGCUAGUUUGAUACCAAAAAUACCAAAUUUAUACAAUUCUCAACUUUUGCGGAAAUGCGGACAACUAUAACUUAUUCUUACGUUUUCCGUGAAACGGAAAUCAGUGGUUUGGAUCCUUUCAGGGAGCGCCGAUUUUGUUAAAGCAGAAAAACCACCAAAGUGUCUCUCUGAUAUAAGGCAAGUUCCUCCUGAAUCUUAAAACUCAUACUAAGUUGGUUGAUCAUGACUGAUGGGUGACCGUACAACCGGAACAGUCGCCUGAGUAAAUUGGAAACAAGAAACCGCCAAAUCCACUACGAUUAUCGUCUAACUAGAGAUUAAAUCCAAAUAUUACGUGGGGGAGUCCAACACUCGUGCAAUCAUGCACAGUGUAAUGAGUAUCAUGUGAACCACUUGUGACAUCACUUAGCUUAAAAAGAAAUGACGAUGCAUGAUAUGUACUUGUGUCCACACACCCAUUCUGCUUUCUAAAAAGGCCUGUUUUUAUUUCACAUUAUCUUGUUAUGACUGGGAAAAGUCAGUACCUAAUUAUUUUAGUUCUACGAUGGAGUGCUAGUCUCUCUCUUGAUCUUGGGCAUCAACCGCAUAGCCAGCGUAUCAUUGCGGGUAAAUGGGAAAGCGGAGGAAACCGCAAUAUGCUGAUAUAUUUCCUGGUUGAGCAAUUACAUCACGUGCGUGCACCAAAGUGUAAUGUCAGGGUCGGUAUUAAAUAGGCUCCUAGUAAUGUCAAUUUUGAAGUGAUUUAUAACAACAAUUAGACAAAAAGAAACGAUAUGGAAGAUUGUAAAUAAAGCCUUUAUAGUAGUAUCUCAAAUUGUAUAUCAUUUAUAGCGUUGGCUUUCUUAUUCUGAGUUCACCAUUUCGAAUCUAAGAGGGCUCUGAACAUUGCUCGCUUUUUUAAUUUCUUUAACUUCUUCAAAUUUGGCAUUUUUAUCAUGUUGACCUUCCACAACAAAGACUCGGUCAGGGAGCUUGUGUUUAUUUAUUGAAACAAACUAACGGUUAAGAUGUCGCACGCAGGCUUUUUCUAUGGUAAAUUGUUAUGGUUUUACAAUGAUCAGGCACUUGUUCGUCACCGUUUGUUGUCGUAGUGUUUGUUCCGGCACCACUCUUUCGCUCAGGUUCAUACUUUGCUUUACCAUUAAUUUCUAAAUAAGCUUGACCGAUGUUUUUCCUUAGAGAAUGGAGGGUUCAUCUCUGGAGGACAUUCUCACGGCACCAAACUUAAAUAACUGCUUCCAAGCGGAGGAUGAAGACAAGGGGAAUGGUUCUUCGGCACAGUCUAACAAUGCAUUUGCGCUUCAAGGAUGCCCGGACGAAAACGAAAAUGAGGUAUUUCAAGAGCAUCCAAACCUUUCAACUGUGACCCAUUUUGAUACGCAGGCUUGUUAAAAUACACAAUUAACUCCAAGAUAGGGCUACCCUGGGUGCCAGAAGUUUUUUUCUCGCGUACGACGAGGAGCUUCGUCGGCCGCAGGCCGACCCGUCUUCGGGCGAAGGCCGGAGACACGAGCGGCGAAAUCGCUUUUCGCGCGGGUCACUUUUUUAAGACAUGACCGAAACCGGAAACCGCGCAUGAAAAGCCUCUGGCACCCAGGGUAAGAUAGGGCAGUCAUAAGAAAAAAAUAAAUCUUAGUUUAAGGGAUUUCAGUCGCCCACCACCAGUCUUCGAUAGUUUCCUUUUAGGCUGGCGAGUACAUCCGCCUUAAUAACGUCGGUUUAUAACCGUAUAUUCAUUUCCAAGUCACAUAUGCACUUUACGCUUUCGUUCCAUUCAAGCUGUGACUCAGAUAAGCUCUAGUGACAUACUGGCUGAAUCCAGUCCACAUUUGCUUUCCUCUUCCCCUGCCUUUAAUAAGUCUGUCAUAUUGCAUUCUACACUUUCAGGGUAGAAUGAGAGAAGUCACAUUUUUCUUUAAAGAUAAUGGUUUGGUUUCUCGUAGCUUCCAUGCUUGAUUAGUUUUCCGGAUUGAAAAGAGUUUCCCGUUCUCUUCAUAGUCGGCAGUUGUUGCCACAGUAAAUUUAAAGAAAAAAUUAAGAGAAUGCAUCCAGUGUGCCGUUAGUACCAACUUCCUUUUUUGGGAGCGUUUUCAGAAUUCCAAAAAUGAUGAAUUAUAAUUGUGGCCUGAAAUGUUUUCGAGGCUUUGCAUACUCAUGUCUGUGAGAUAGAAGGGUUCAUAAGCUGUGAUGUUCCAAAUUUUGUUUAUUCGGAUGCAAACUACCAAUGUUCUCGUAAAUAACAGAUAAAAAUACACAUCGGGCAUCCGAUAUCCGGCUUGUUAAAGCUGCAACAAAAUGUUGUGUUUCUGUUUAGGCUAUGAGUGCUUAAAAAUACAUCAAUAGUUACCUGCUGGAUAGGAAAGGCUCCAGUACUGAGGCCAUUCAGAAAAUAGGUAUCUGGUCACCUCGCCACCAACGAAAUCCCCACCAAGAACAGAACCUAACUUAGCACUGUUUCGAACCUUCAUGAACGGAAAUUUCUUAACCGUUACUUUAUUUUCAUAUUUCAAAGAAAUGACUAGUGGCUGUGAAACGCUUCUGCCAGUUUUUUAACUGAUCUCUCAAAUGUCAAAGUCAGGUUACAUUCACACUAGAGUAUUUUAGUAUUUGCAUUAUCAAGAGCAUAAGACGUUAGAAGCAAGAAUCGUCAAUUUAGGAUCGACAGAUUUGUAUUUGGGUCGACUUUAAAUUCGAAUAUGCUUGGCAAAAAUCGUAGGUAAGUAAUCCCACGAAUUAAACUGUGUCAAUUAUCAAACCUCCUAAAGUCCUACCUAUCUACAUUUUUGACAUGGUUACUUCUAAACUACGUUUUCAAAAUACGUUCUCCAGUAUUGAGUAAAAGCGAUUACCGGUGUUGGAUUUUAGGAAGAAAAAACGUACAAUGUGCAUUAUCAGUGCACACAGUUCUUGCUAAUCAAACCCAAAUAUAAGAUUCGUACGACAAUGCUUAUUAAACUAAAUUCAACGUUACGAUACAAAAAUGCAAAUCUGGCGCCAAUUUUGUUAAGUGCGUUGGCUGGGAAUGCUCUUACCUACUCACUCAUGCAUUUCACUCCGGCGUAGAUCAGUGAGUGACUCUUGGGUCAAUGCAUAUGAUUACGAUCUCAAAUCGUUCUUUUCAUUUCAGCCAGUUCCUACGCCAGUAAUUGAGACGGAGGAAGAGUCAAAGCGCCGAUUGGGUAAGUGAUCGUUUUAUUCUGCACGUUCUCUCUGGUUGUUAGGACACGAAGCGGUUGUGCAGAGACCGCUUUUUCCACACCGCACCUCUGUAUUAUGACAGCUGAUGAAUGCCUUGCCUUGCAAAUCCUGUAAAGUGGGUAGAAAUAAUCUCCCUAAACUUUCUUAACUGGGCGCUUAAAUCCUCUCGGUCUACGUGACUCGUGCUUUGAUACUCCAAAAGUAUGCCUUUUGACGGUACAGUGUCCUUGUUUCCUGUUCAGCCAAGUCAUUAAUCAUUUGUUAUCAUACAGCUAUCUUUUUGCGUUGGGUUACGUAAUAAGUAGAGAGUUUGCCUGUAAACCAAUCAACAACUCGGUUGUUUUCUUUUUCACAACAGCAAACAGCUUUUUGAACUUUUCAGCAAAACGUAUUAAAAACCAUUUCAUCCAUUUCUUUGCGGCGUCUAUGCGAUUUUCAACUGCAAGGCAGUGUUUCGAAGGCCAAGUCGACUAAACCUGAAAAAUUCCGAAAAUGUUUUUCCUUUCACGGUGACUUAAAUUGACUGAAAUCUCUUGCAUUUAAAAUAAACUAGCAAUUAGUACAUGUCAAACAUACUUUACUACGGUUUUUUAAUUAAGUUGUCGAAAUAAAACUAAAUUAUUAUAAAAACGAUCUAUGAUCAUCUAUGGGCGCUUUUCCUCUCGAAAGUUAUCUCCAGAUUUAUCAAUUGCCAAAUGAAUCUCGCAUAUCUAGUACAGGUAUGACUCGCUGAGUACUUAAAGUACGUGCUUUGGCGACUCUCUAAUUGCCCUGAGGGAAAUACAGUUAUGCUUCGUCCGCAGUCCUCGUAUUUCAGUCAACUUGUAUGAGGAGAGUUCUGUGUCUUUUCUUCUUCGGAUAAAAGAUUUUAAAACGUUAAUCUUGACGAAUAGUUAAGUGACCAGCUCUCAUUUCCGAACGUAGUAGACUGGUUUGAGAACUGAUGAUGAAGUAUUAUAAGAAGUAAUACAAACCAAGCCAACAUUUUGUAUGGAACUCUAACUCCAAGAGGAGAAGUACGAGAGGGGAUACUUUUUACAAACCGCAUGGAACGGAUGUGAAUUUGAAGAGUAUCGAUUAGUCCUCAAGCAGUAAAUCUGGGACUGAUUAGAAAUCAGCUUUAUUUAGUCUAGAAUAGGGCAUCAUUUACCGUGAAAUUGCCAGAAGUCGUCUAGAGUAGGAAAUUAAAGGUCAUUAAAACCCAGACGUGAAAAGCCAAGCUGCAGGUACAAUCAACAUUAUCCAAGUACCAUCAUUACUUUGUUAGCAAAUGGCUUCCCACUGGCUGAAAACACUGCAAGGGAAGCGUGAGAAAAAUAACUGCAUAUAAAAUGUUCUAUAACAAGGUUCUAUAUACUAAGAUGAACAGAAUACACUGUGAGACAGUGAUCUACUGGAUAUCAAUUAUAAUGGGUGUGCCUUAAACGGUACAAAAGCGUAAGAGAAAAUGCCGUGAGGAGGGAAAGUCGUAAAAAAGAGAAAGUAGUCUGGAAAUACAAUGUUUCAGUUACAUGUAGUGUAUUAUCCAGUCAUAGAACUGAAAAACCGCCAUAGCGUCAUAUUUAUUGAGAAUAAGGUAGGGCGGGGGUGGUCAUUAAAGUUCAGGGGGGAGCUGCUUAUUUUACGUCGGUCAUGUUUGCAACCAGCGAGACGAAAUGAGAAAGAUGCCACACAAGCCGCGCUAUUCAAACAAUGAACUCGAAGGCGCUAUUACUCUACAGAGUUCAGUGACUGAAGGAAGAUGUGUUUUAUUCCGGGAUGACGUCCUUUUCCACUGGUGUUUGUUUGUUCUGUUGAGGACUCCUAGUAAACGUAAUCUCUUUUUGAAUCAGAUUUUGUGUUCGAACUGAAAAGAAUAAUCACUCAGAACAAUUCAAACGUAUACACAAAUGGCUUGAUAAAUUCUACGAACAAAGACCACUUUAGAGUCUAUCAGAGAUUUGACCUGAGAGAAUUACCU